GCCGAGGGACCAGCGCUGAAAACCCUGUGACAAGAGUAAACUCAUGUGCCAAACCGGACGACGGAUCGUUUUAAAGCUGGACGUGUGCGGCUGUCUUGUUUUUCCACUCUAACUGCGUGUUUUCGACACUUCACACACUGGUGGUGUCUAACGCGAAGCCCAAAGUCGCCGGGAUUUCCUCUCAGUCUCGAAGUUCCCAAGAUGAACUUCGGUCCGGUGGUCGGGAAACUUUGUGUGUUGGCGGCAGCACUCCUCAUCGGGCUGGUUUGUCAAGCAGCCGAAGUCCCAGCAUCUCAAUGGUCCAGCGACGAAUACAAAAACCUCACCCUUCGACGUCACAGAACGUGCGUUGAGAAUGAGCAGUACCUCCACCAGGGACUCUGUUGCCUCAAUUGCCCGGCUGGUACGUUUGUGCAGAAGGAAUGUGAAAGAGACCAGAAACAAGGGACAUGUCUUCCCUGUGAACAUGGACAGACCUACACAGAGCACUCGAACGGGAUGAACCGCUGUUUGCCCUGCACUCACUGCCGCUCAGAUGAGAUUGAAACUGCUUCCUGCACCAAAACAACAGACACCAAGUGCCAGUGUAAGCCAGGAACCUUCUGUGUGCCAGACCAGGCCUGCGAAGUCUGCAAACGUUGUGCCAAGUGUAAACCAGGAGAGGAGGAGGUGAAGAAGUGCACCCACUUUUCUAACACAGAGUGUCGAAAACAGGAUCCGUCUACUACCAAAACGUCUCCGUCCAUCCCUACGCCGACCCCUACCUCUCCACCAGACUUCGUCUCAAUAGGUGUCCCGCUGUUCAUCCUCCUCAUCAUCAUUGUUGGAGUGGUUGUGUGGUGCUUCUUUAGCAAGCAGCGUCCAUGUGAAAUAUCACGUUCAAAGAGCCAUUGUGACGCCAGUGAAAUUGUGAAGAUUGCUAUUAAGGAGAGUGUAGCCACACCAGAGGAGAGACAGAAUGACCAGAAUGCAGGUCUGGAGAGGGAGGACUCGCGCCCGGAGUCACGGCCCCUGCUGCAGGAGACCCAGGAUAGCUCCAAGGCCUCCCCUGCCCUGGAAGAAGAGGACCGAGGACUAGGAGACAGUUUGCCCAACACCACUAGUUCAUCUCAAACCAGCCUGUCCGCUCUGCCCACUGCAGCUUCCUCUGGUAACACCCCACGCCAGAGCCCCACUGUCUUCAGACUGCAGCCUGUAGACAUGGAUGAUCCUCUGCGACAUCGAUUGGUGCCACUACAAGGGUCUGAGAAAUCCCUAAGGAAGAGCUUUGAUCUGUUCGACGAGUACCUGGACGUGCGGAUCCAUAACAAGUUCUUCAGAACGAUCGGAGUCAGUGACAACCACAUUCGGAUUGCGGAGAGCGGCGCCGCCGGUGACAAAGUGUAUGAACUGCUGAAGAACUGGAUGCAGAAGCAGGGACUAAAGGCCGACAUCAACGACCUGUUACAGGUCUUACUAAGUAUGGACCAGCGGCGCUCGGCCGAGAGCAUCGCCUCCGCAGCCCUGCAGAGAGGCUACUACAAGCACGCAGAGACACCGUGAAAGCCAACGUCACAAGGACUGCAAAUGAAGUAACCACAAAGUACUUAAUAUGGAAAAAUAAAAUAAGCACAUAGACACUAUGGGUGGACUUUGUGUCUCGCGAACAGCCUUACCUCUUUGUGGCUGACCAGCCAUGUAUUCAAAAGCCAGUAGUUUUAAAAAGAAAAACACAAAAAGGGGAAGGUCAAGCUGUAUUGCUCAGAGCUCUGAGGAUGUUGACUGCUCGCGUAAUGAGGAGGUGUAAUGAUGAAAAUGAAGAAAACAUUUUGUGGUCCAAUUUGCCACCAAAGACAACCAUGAAAAUUGUUUGAAGAAAGAGCAGAAUAACAUGAAGUUGUCAACUCCCACAUGCGCAAAUGGACGCAUGUUUUAGGCUCUAGUGAAGCAACAUGCAUCCAAAUACUGAAAGCUUAAGUCUCUGGGCUCGUGUCACUCGUCUGGUUCUCUACCCAGAUCACAAUACACUACCUGGAGACAAGGAUAUACACUGGUUUGUAGGAGUGGCAUUAGCUGUGUCACUAAUACUGUGCCUCUUUGCUGCACUGACCUGUGGCACAUGUAGGAUGUAAAACUACAAUCAUGCUACACUUGUUUGUUUUGUAGAUUUAAGAUUCUCAGAUACCAUAUGUAAGAGUUCAUGAACAAUAUAAUGUUGUCCAUUUAUCUUGACAAUGUGCAGUCUUGCUCAUCGUAAACUUUACCUCUUCAGUGCCAUUUGAUAAUCUAAAUUCAUUUAGGUAUACAUUUUUCAUGUGAUUUCAUUAUGUUCAUAGAGUGAAGUGAUUCAGAAAUGUCACAGUCGAGUUACAUGGGAGAAACUCUUCCACUCUUUGUUGUCCGGUCUUUACGUUCAGUGUUGCUACACACACACACGACAUCGUAGAAGGAAUUUCAAAGCUGUUUCUGUUGGAGUAACUGUUAAUAGUCUAGUCAAAUGUUUUUCCGACAUUUUCUAACUUGGAGAACUUCAAGGUCAUUUUAUUUAUUGACAUAUUUAUUGUAAUGAAUAAUAAUUAAGUUUUAUUAUUUAUACCUUUGCCAAAAACGACCUUGGAAAACAAGCGCACGCCGAUUUUCGCGUGGUGAUAAUGUUUAGCUCCAGGGCAAUAAAAGACUGACAUCUUUUUUACUUUUUUUUUCAAAGUGUGGCUGAGGAGUUUAGUUGAUUUCUGUCAGUGAUCGCUGUCCUGUGUUUAGUGUAGCACUGUCAACGUCCACACUGUCAGUGUUUCACCUGCCAUUUCUUCACAGGUGAGCUUCGCCGUUAAGCAUGUUGUUGAAGCUUUCAUGAUGCUAAAUGCAGUGUGAGUGUGCCAUUUCAACACCAGUGACACCAGUCUUAGGAAAAUAAAUAAAUAACUGCCCUGUUGAGGCCAAUCUGUUGUAGUGAACCUACUGAGCAAAAAGUCCUGUACAUGUCAGCGGUGACGUGGGAUGCAGACUUGGAUUGUUUCGUCUCAGUUAGACGCAGACUAGAUGAAGGAAACCUCUUCUGGAUUUAAAAAGAAACUCAAAUUUAUUUCCCUAAUUCUGUACAUAGAAAUAUCCAGAGAGCGUACGAGCUUCACAAAGUGUAUUUGUAUAUAUGCAGCUCUAUUAACAAACCAAAAUGAACAUAGUGAGGUAUGAAGUUAUAGAAAAACGACAGGAACGCCAACCAGAGGAGUUGGCUGUUGGAGUUGUGACAUUUAAAAGUAGAUUUUGCCCAUUUUCCUGCAGUCUCUUAUGUAUAAAGGACAGAGUUACAGAGUUAUAUAUUACUGCCGGAGAGCGACGCUACAGUGCUGGCACUGCCAUCUAUUGACGGACAAUGAAAAUACAGCCUGCAUCAAUUUCUAGGGACCCUGCACACCCUCUCUUAACUUUUUUACUGCACCAGUUUCUUAGACUUUUCUCUUUCAAAGCACCUCUUGGCCUUUCCUGAAAGCAGCAUAGCAGUGAAUAGGCUUCAGUGCAUGCUGUUUUUUUUAAUCAUUCUUUUUUCUUUUCUUUUUUUUUUUACAAUCAUUUCUGUGUUGUUACUUUUCCAUAUUUCAUUACAAGCCCUGUUCAGUUAACUUCCUUUUACUUGUGUAAAAAUGUUCUGUUAAGAGUUGACGUUAAGCCAUUUCCCCCUUAGUUAUUGUUUGCUUGUCGUGGAUUUCAGAUAUAAAUUAUGCAAAAUUGUCAGAGCUGUUUUUAUGUCAAUUUCAAAUAAAUGUUUUGUACAGAUAA